GCCAAACUUGGUCUCCCGUCUCCCAUCCCAGUCGUCGUCUCCGCCUCCUUGUCUCCAGCGUCCGAUCUCCUCUUCCCCCGUCUCUCUCCCUUCCUCCCUCGCUCCUUUGUUGCCUCCCUUCGCUGCGCGCGCGCCAAAUACAAAAGCCUUCUCUUCCUCCCAUCCAAGCAAAGCAAAGGGUCCCAAGCAUGGCGGAUGCGCCGGCUAGCCCCGGUGGUGGAGGUUGCGGCCACGAAAGCGGAGGUGACCAGAGCCCCCGAUCCAGCGUCCGGGAGCAGGACCGCUUCCUCCCCAUCGCCAACAUCAGCCGGAUCAUGAAGAAGGCGCUCCCCGCCAACGCCAAGAUCGCCAAGGACGCCAAGGAGACCGUCCAGGAGUGUGUCUCCGAGUUCAUUAGCUUCAUCACCAGCGAGGCCAGUGAUAAAUGCCAGCGGGAGAAAAGAAAGACCAUUAAUGGCGACGAUCUGCUGUGGGCGAUGGCCACUCUGGGAUUCGAGGACUAUAUCGAGCCGCUGAAAUUGUAUCUGCAUAAGUACAGAGAGUUGGAGGGUGACAAUAAGGUGUCUGCCAAAGGUGGAGACAGCUCUGUUAAACAGGAUACAGCUAGUUCUCAUGGUGGAACUCAACCCGGUCCAAUAUCCCAAGGGAUGGGUCACCAAGGAACUUUUACUCAAGGCAUGAGCUAUUUGCAACCUCAGUGAAUGGCUCAGGAUCCUAUAAUAUCUUGAAGUCUGACUUGCAGGUCUACAAGCUAUUCGGGAAAGAGUUAGUGAGAUUCCUUAAGCAUCCUCUUAUGGUGUUUCGGUGUAAAUUAGUCUGAAAUUAAAACUAUUUGUCAUCAUAGGCUGUGUAUGUACCAUAUUCAUCUUUGUUUUAUUCCCUGGUUUUAAGUUUGACUACUCUACCUGUUUCUCUUCGAUGGGCACAUUCUUAAGUAAACGACCUUUUAGUGUUUGUGAGAUAUGUUCUGUAGCUUUUGCUGAUCGACUUUUCUGGGACCUGAUGAUGUUAUUGGAACCACCAUAUAAAUGACUUUGCAUCUCUUGCAUUA